UUAUAACUAAUAGUGAUUCCUGAACGACUUUCUCACCUUACGACUCACGUCAUCUGUCAUGACAAAUGUCAAUGGAGUGAAAUGUGACGGGUGGUUCGUCUUUAUCCUAAAAUUUUACUUGUUGAUUUUAUUACUUAAAUCUAAUGACGAAUAAGUGAAAAUUUGCCAAACAAGUGCUCAGUGAACUAUGCGUUAGUCUUGUGAGUGAAUACUGUGUGGUUUUCCCUUCGCCUCCGAAAUCCGAGCUGUGAUAGCAAAGGUGGACUUCAUCAUCUCUCAGCAAGACGACUGCAAGAUAGAAAAGGAGGUGAGGAGUGAGAGGCGCGGGGCAGCGGAGCGAUGGAAGACGAGGUGACGUUCCUGUUCCAGCUGGGCGUGCUGCGCGACGCGGCGUCUGCGCCCGCGCACCGCCUGACUCUCGCGCACCUCAAGGAGCUCGCCGUCAAGUUCGUGCACGAGAAGAUUCCGGACAAUGGGCUGAACCGUCUGUCAGACCGCAUCCUGCUCUUCCGCCACGACUACUGCUCGCCCAACGUGCUGCAGCUCAUCAACUCCGCCACCGACGUCACCGACGAGACUCUCGUCGAGAUCGUGCUCACCGCCAACCCAUUAAUAUGUGACGGCGCGGAGCAGCCGGCGCCGCGGCCGCACGCGCUGGCCGUCCACUCGUACAAGGCGCCCACCUUCUGCGACUUCUGCGGGGAGAUGCUCUUCGGCCUGGUGCGGCAAGGGCUCAAGUGUGAAGGUUGCGGUCUGAACUACCACAAGCGCUGCGCGGUGAAGGUGCCAUCGAACUGCACGUCUCCGGCUGGGGCCACCAGCCUGGCGGGCAGCCGGCGCGCGAGCGCGGCGCCGCGCAGCCCGUCCCGGGUGUCCGCCACCAGCCACAGCAGCCAGCUCAGCGCGCCCAACGACGACUCGCUGGUCGGCACCAUAGCGAGCUCGAAGCGGUCGGGCGGCGCGUGGACGUCCUCCCUAGGCAUCCCACACACGUUCCAAGUGCACACGUACACGCGCCCGACCGUGUGUCGCCUCUGCAAGAAGCUGCUGCGCGGCCUGUUCAAGCAGGGGCUGCAGUGCGGGGACUGCCACUACAACGCGCAUCGCAAGUGUCUACCCUUCGUGCCUAAGGACUGCGGCGGCGAGAUACGGGACCAUCAUGGCGAGAACCAGGACAGUUGCAGCACGAGCAGCGAGAUAUCGGAACCACGGGCGCCUCUCGACGACGACUCCGAUGACGCUGAACUUGAUCACGAUCAACGCAACCACAAUCACAACCAUAACCACCACGACAAUCACGAGGCCUCACUACGGACAACGGAAGAAGAUGAGGAGCCGCAGCGGGACGUGAUGCCGGAGCGCGCCGCCAGCCGCCCCAGCAGCUCAUCGUCGUCGCCCAGCGCCAACAUCCCGCUCAUGCGCAUCGUGCAGUCCGUGAAGCACACCAAGAAGCGCGACGGCCAGUGGCUGAAGGAGGGCUGGCUCGUGCACUUCACCAACAAGGACAAAACGAUCAAACGUCACUAUUGGCGACUGGACAGCAAGUCUAUAACGCUGUUCACGUCGGAGCAAGGCACCAAGUAUUACAAGGAGAUCCCGCUCAAUGAGAUCCUGGCAGUCGACACCGCGAGGCAACCACAAUCGGACGUGAUGCACUGUUUCGAGCUGCGAACUGCGAAUGUGGACUACCUGGUGGGGGUGGACCCCGCGUGGCAAGGGGGUGCGGCCCCCUUACCCCCUCCCGACUCGGGCGUGGGAGCCUACCUCGCGCGCUCCUGGGAGACCACGCUACGGCACGCACUGAUGCCUCACACACAUUCUGCCGAGGCAAGUCCGGGCAGCGCGGGUGGAGGGGGGGCGAGUGGGUCGUCCGGCGGAGGGGAGAGAGUGGCGGAGAUGGCCCAGCUCUACCAGAUCCACCCGGAUGAAGUACUGGGGUCGGGACAAUUCGGCAUCGUUUAUGGAGGCAUGCACCGUGCAACGGACAGACCCGUAGCGAUUAAGGUUAUAGACAAACUCCGGUUCCCGACCAAGCAAGAAGCACAACUGAAAAACGAAGUGGCGAUCCUGCAGAACCUGUCCCACCCCGGCGUAGUGAACCUCGAGCGAAUGUUCGAGACUCCUGAGAGGAUCUUCGUGGUGAUGGAGAAGCUAAAGGGGGAUAUGCUGGAAAUGAUCCUUUCGCACGAGAAGGGACGACUGACGGAGAGGAUCACCAAGUUUAUUGUAGCACAGAUUUUGGUAGCCCUCAAGCAUUUACACGAGAAGAACAUCGUACACUGUGACCUCAAGCCCGAGAACGUGCUGUUGUCCACGGACGAGACCUUCCCGCAAGUGAAGCUGUGCGACUUCGGCUUCGCGAGGAUCAUCGGAGAGAAAUCUUUUAGGAGAUCUGUUGUCGGCACCCCUGCGUAUUUGGCGCCGGAGGUCCUGCGCAACAAGGGCUACAACAGGUCGCUGGACAUGUGGUCGGUGGGGGUCAUCGUGUACGUGUCCCUCUCCGGCACCUUCCCCUUCAACGAGGACGAAGACAUCAACGAGCAGAUCCAGAACGCCGCCUUCAUGUACCCGCCCGCGCCCUGGCGAGAGAUCUCCGAGGAGGCGAUUGACCUAAUCAACAACCUCCUCCAAGUGAAACAACGUAAACGCCUAUCCGUGGACAAGUGCCUCAUGCACGCGUGGCUUCAGACCAGAGAGGCGUGGAACGAUCUGCGCACGUUGGAGAGGAGGGUGGGCGUGCGGUACCUCACACACCCCAGCGACGACGCGCGCCUCGCCUCUCCCGCUUCCCCCGAGGCCGACUCCACUCCGCACUGACCCGCGCAGUGCGAGAGUGCGGAGCCGGCGCCGCACUCGCCGCCCAUCAGCUGCAUGCGCACGCGCUGGAGGAAGCUGCUCGUCCUGGCGCGAUAACACCCCACUACGCGGGAUACACUUCACGACACUCGGGAAACUUGGAAAGAAAGAAAGAAAAAACGUUUAUUUUUGAAAGCUGUGUCACACAUUACCAGUUAUACCUACGGGUUAGGUUAUCCCGGCACCUCUAAUAUUUGAGCAUUAAGACCUCAAGCAGAAGUACCAACACGACACGACCUACACUGGCAGGCGUCUAAUGUUACCUACAUUUGACGCUAGGUAGGGUAUGAAACGACUGGAUAUCUUUGAUAUCACAUGACCCCUAACAGAUGUCGAUUCAGGAUCAAAGCCGAGAGUUUUUUUAUUUAGAUACAAGUUAGCCCUUGACUGCAAUCUCACCUGGUGGUAAGUGAUGAUGCAGUCUAAGAUAGAAGCGGGUUAACCUGGAAGGGGUAUGGCAGUUUUUAUUUAACCCAUAUCCCUUUGGUUAGCACGGUUCGUGCGCAUGCGCAUGCGUAAGCGUCACUGUAAUACAUCCUAUAGCAGGAUACGUGAAAAGUUUUAUUUGAGUUGGAAAACUCAGAUUAGAGUAUUUGGUUUACAUUUAAUCAUUUAAUGAUUUUUUCAAGGUUAAAAGAAUAGCUGAGUAGAUAUUUUUGUUUUUACUUUACAAUUUUGCCUUAACUUGAGCGAUACACAAUUGUGUUACAUAGGUAAUACUUAAAUAGUUAAUAUUUAAAAAAUUACCACAAAAUAAUAUUGAUAACUAGUGUUUGUAAACAUUAUUGUUUAACUUUACUGCAUUCCCUCAAUUAAGGUUGCUUUAUUAUGAGAUUUUAACUUAUUUUUGUAAUAGACGUAAUUCCUAGUAAUAUUUCUAGUAUUUGAACGCCUAAUCAUAAGAUUUAUUUGUUUAUAUACAUAUAUUUAAAUAAUUAUAUGACAUGCAUUUUGUAACAUCACAAUAACUUUAUUAAGUUAAUAAUUAUUAUCUAAUUUUUAUAGAUAAUAUCAAGUUAUCCACAAAUUAUAAUAAUAUGUAGAUUUUUAAUUUCGAUUUUUUUUGGGUUUUUGUCCAAACUGUACAAAACAAAUUCAACACUUGCGGUGUCUGAAUUUAGCCAAAAAUGUGGCAAAUUUUAUUACAACAAUAAAAUAGACAGUGAGAAAUCAAUUUUUAUACAUUUUGCCUUCAAGAUCGAAUACCAUGCAUAACAAUAUUAACAAUUUUAUAUAUUAAACUAAGUAGAUGAUAGGUAGGUGCGAUGUGGAUGUAUAAGAUAAUAUAGUUUUAGUUAAAACAAUCUAACUCUCUUUAUAUAAUAAUAUGUAGGUAAGUUAAAAAAUUAUCUAACCAAGUUAAGCCUAUUCCACACAACACAAUCCAAUUAUAUAUCCACACAACACAAUUUGAACAAAUUACCGGUAAUUAAUUAAUAAGUAAUAAAUUAAAGCUAAAAUUGACCUUCACUAUGUCACUGAUUCAAAAAAAAAAUGUUUUUUUAACUACUUUUACGGCUCUGGGUUCUAGCCCUUUUGAGCCUAAUUGUGUUGUGUGGAAUAGGCGUUAUAGAUAUUAAAUUAUACCUCAUAAUUUUUCAGGCGAGAGAAUAUAUGUAUAUCGUAGUCUAGAAACUAGAAACAGCUAUACAAUGAUGGACAGAAUUUACAUAAUAUAAAACAGUCCAAAAAUAUCAGUAUAUAUUCAGUACAACUUCAAGCCCAUAUUUGAAUGUUUAUUCUUUUACCGUGAGGGAGCUGUGUCGUGUAAGUGAGCUACGACCUUGCUUAACA